AUGUCUGAUUUUAAAACGGUUACUGAAGAGAUUGAAUCAGUGCUGGAAUUAUUUAAGACUUGGAGGAUCGUACAUAGUCUGCUAAAAGGGAGCAACAAUAAAAAUACUAAUUUCUUAAAGGAAGAUGAUAAAAGUGGGGCAAAUGGCAAGAAAGUGGUCUGUAAAAAUACAGUGCCGAUCACAAGUGUUGAACAAAUAUAUCCUGAGAACUUGGCAGAAGACCGUGUCUUACAACUGGACUUGAGUAACAAUGCCAUUACAAUGAUAAGAGCUGAUGCCUUCAGUGCUCUCAAGGAUCUUCAGAAACUAGACCUGAGCUCAAACCAGAUUUCACUUAUUGAUGCAGGGGCCUUCAGAGGAUUAGACAAGUUGGAACGAUUGAUUUUGACAGGAAACAGACUGGGUACUAUUAGCAGCAGCAUCUUCCAAGGUCUCAACAAACUGACACGUUUGUCUUUGUCAGACAACCAGCUAAAAACAAUACCAGAGGGCGCCUUUGAUACACUUCCUGAGUUAGCAAGAUUAGACUUCAACUCAGAAUAUCUUAUGUGUGACUGUAAUCUGCAAUGGAUCGUGAAGUGGUCAAAAGAGAACAGUGUUAAGAUCCAUAAUAGUACUACAUGUGCUUUACCCUCUCAGAUGAAAGGCCAGUCAGUCAAAAAACUUAAGAGGAACAAACUGCACUGUAACUGGCCAGUUGAACUAUCUUUAUUUGAAUUGGAGCCAUCAAAAAGUCAAGUUGUCUUUGAGGGUGAUAAACUGCCAUUUGAAUGUCAGGCAUCCAUAUUGGAUGAGUCUACUAAGAUGUUAUGGGUUCGCAAAGGGGAACCAGUAGAGGCCAAUCACACGAUAGGCAUCUACGUUCAUUAUGAUAAGACUCCAGAUGAGACCGUUUUGAUUAAUCGCCUGGUACUCGAGGACCUAACAGUAGAGCAUACUGGGAUAUGGGAAUGUCUAGUCCUCACACAACGGGGGAACAUUUCCCGUGAUGUCAACAUCAUCGUUAUCUCUGACGAUGUUCUCUUCUGCCCUGCUGUGAAUGUAGAAACCAAUAAAGGAACAUUCAUGUGGCCGAAAUCUGUCUCUGGAGUAGUGAAAGAUCUGCCUUGUCAUGAAGGACGUGCAAGCCACUAUAUGGGAGCAUCCCCCCCUAAAGCAUUUUACAAGUGUACCGACUAUGGCUACUGGGAGGACCUGGAUAUUGAUCAAUGUCAGUACAAGAGCGAGAUGACUCGAGUCCUGGAGCAAUACACAAUGAUGUCAUUCAACAUCUCCACUGUCCUGAACAAAGCUAAGAAGUUGGUAGAAUACCUCAAAGAAAACACUGACAAGAUCCAGGAUAGCAAAGACAUUGUUUUCCUCUCACAAAUUGUCGACAAACUCAAUGUGUUCCUAGCCCUAAAACAAGAGCUUGGAGGGGUGAUCUUAAACAUAUUAAGCGUCAUAAUGGACGUUGAUGAAGAACUGCUGUUGGAGGCCCAGAAAUCACACCAGGCGUGUCAAAAGAUGGUUAAAGCUCUUGAGAGAAUGCCGAAACAGUUACUCUCUCGGGGAGAUGAUGUCAGCCUUUUUACAGAUAACAUCGCACUCGAGGCACGUACUGUCAAUACAGAUCGCUUUGGCGGCAUCACAUGCUACGUCCAGUCCAGAGAAAUUAGGUCCCAACCAUAUGGGGAGAACAGCUUUUUAUGCAGUAUAAAGACAAUUCCAAAGAACACUAAAGAAAUCCAGACACAAAGUAAAAAUUUAAUCAAGAUGGAGAACUUUGAGGCCUCUAUAUCUCUUCCAAGUAGUGUGUUCAGCAAUAUCCGCAAGUUGCUACCGGAUACGGAUGCUUCUAGUAGGACUCAAUACAAGCUCCAGUUUAUUGUCUACAAGAACAGCAAGCUCUUCCCUCUACCUCCCUCUGCUGGCAAGGAUGUGGCGAUGAGUGUCAUUUCAAGUAAAAUAUUGGAGUUAUCAACAAACAAUUUGUCAGAUCCUGUAGUAGUCCGAUUCACCUCUAGCACUGAUGGGAUAGCAGCAUACUGGGACUUCAAAGCUAGAGGAGGUCUUGGUGAUUGGCUGACAAAUGGCUGUAAAGUGACUAGCUUUGAAAACAACAUCACUACAAUCCAUUGUACUCACCUUAGUAACCUGGCACUGCUUAAGAGACCCAAUGAGCCUAUGUCUGUUGCCAGAUGGUUGGGGAUCUUUAUUCUUAUGGAGCCAGCCAUAUAUGCAGGGAGCCUUAUUCUGGUCAUCGCGUUGAUGAUCUGUAUUAUCACACACAUCGCCUGCAGAAGUUAUGUGAAGCUGCCAAAGAAGCUACGCCAUUCUCUAGUGAACAUCUGCAUCAGUAUUCUGCUGCUGUGUAUCAGCUUCACCCUGGGGGUCAACAGAAUGGACCACGUCCUCCUCUGUCAGAUUGUCGGCAUCGCCAUUCACUACUUCUCUAUCUGCACUCUCUUCUGGAUCUCAAUUACUUCAAAUAACUUGUAUAAGCAGUACACAAAGGCUGAACGACCCCCUCCACCAGAACCUGACCCCCUGACAGGCCCCCUUCCCCCUAAGCCUAUUAUGAGAUUCUACCUGCUAGGGUGGGGAGUGGCAAUAAUUAUCUGUGGUAUCACUGCAGCUGUUAACAUUGAGCAUUAUUCUGGUGUAGAAUAUUGUUUUCUAGGAUUUGAACCUAGUCUUGGUGCUUUCUAUGGUCCAGUAGGAUUACUGGUAGCCAUUAACUUCAUUUUCUUCAUAAGGAUAUCGUGUGUUGUAAAGGGCACUUCAAAAGAUACAUUAGAUAAUACAACUGAGACUGUAGAACUUCAUGAGAAUGAGAUUGAAAUGAUGUCACCUGAUGCUGCAUCGUGUAACACUCACACAAAUAACACUGAUGUAUCGAUAAAGAGCGGUAUGGACCCAGAAAGACAGCCUCUCACUCAGCUGCAUGGGAUCGUUGUGCUCUUAUUUCUCUAUUUAUUCCUCUGGGUAUCUGGAGCGUUCGCAGUGAGCAACACUUUCAGAGGAUUUAUACCACAUCAACAAUUAAUCUUCAGUUACGUCUACACAGUUAGUGCUGCAAUAUUGGCAAUAUUUAUACUUAGUUUUUAUGUGUUUGGACGAGGUGACGUGCGCUUAAGUUGCCGUAUGUGUUGUUGUUGUAGUAAACGGGUUAUUUAUGAACUACAACCGAAUACUGACACUGUUACAACAGUGAAUCAUGGGAAUGGUCACAUGAUCACUGCUAGAGCACAAUCUCAUACGAGUCUUGACUCGAACACUAACACUAAUAAAUCCUCCACCUUAACAAAUGGUAUUGCUAAUCGUGCACCUGGUGGAGAACAGCGCAAUAAUAAAACCCCAGCUAUGAACAAUCUAGUCCCUUCACAAACUGGCACUAUGACGGAACCAUCUCUCACCAGUAUACCAGAACAAUACCCAAACUUUUACAACCCAAGGCAAAAUGGUGUUGCAAAAAAAUAUUGGAUUAAAAAACAAAAGGCGAUGUUUAUGCGUGAGCAGAAGAUGCGCCUUCUAAAAAGCAGUCAAAGUGAGAGUGAUAAAAAUAAGAGAAAUAGUUUAAGUAGUGACGCAAAUACUCAUUCAGGUUUAGAGAUCCAAAUUCAAAAAGCCAAUGAAAACAUGCAGAAUCAUCUUGGAGGAAACAUUGGAGGAGAUGUAAUCGCUAAUGGUUACCAGUCACCUGGAAACCAUUCAUCUGCAUAUAGUAGUCUCUCUGCUAAUGGACACAACUCACAAAAUGUACAGAAUGCAAAAAUUGAACACAAUCUUGUGAGAAAUACUGGAGCUCCACCUCAGUAUAAUGAUCUUGGCCCUCCUGAAGGGGCACAGACUGUUGCUAUGGUAACUGAUCCGUUACUAGGGUCACCCGUUAGUCCUAAUAGGCCACCUAUUGCACCAAAGCCAACAAAUAAUCUACCUCAUAUUUCAAAAAAGUCCCCGGGAAUGGAACCUGUCUCCCCAUUAGAUCGUGAUAAUACCCCUACCCCUGUAUCCCACCCAGGGACUAAUCUGUGGAAUAUCACACCAACAGACUCACAACUGACAAACAGCACUCUACCAAUCAUGAAAGACAAUCUUCGAACAAAUGUGCAAAGUCCCACAUCUCCAGUGCAAAGUAUUAGUAACAAUGUGGUUCAAACACCAACUGGUGGUACAUACCAAGGGGUCUACCAACCUGACUAUGGAAUUGAGCCUUACAUGGACCCCCAGGUCAUGUAUGAGGUGCAUCAGCAUCAAUUCAACAAUUCAGGAACUGAAAACUUUCUCAAUGAACUUGAGCUACGUAUUCCCCAAAAUCAUCAUUCAACUGCUGUUGCUUUCUCACCCUCCAGGUCUGAAGCCAUCGGAGAGACCCCUUAUAAACACACUAAACACCGUCACCAUGAAUCUGACACCCAAUCAGACUCUAUGGUUCAUCGUGGCAGGGGGCACCAUCAUAGACGGCAUCACAGAUCGCAUCAUGACUCGGACAGCAGCAGCAGUCGACAUCAUCAUCAUCAUAAACAUCGCCAUCACAAAAUGCGACGUCAAAAAUCUCUAGAUUGGGAAGAUCAAUUUAAAAACAAAGAGAAGAAUGCUUCAGGAACUGUGCCAUAUGUUUUUGUAGAUAGGAAAUACGAGGACCACUUAGUGCAAAAAGCUCUUCGAGAUGCUCAUACUGGUCGUCAUAGUGACACAGAAUCAGCAAAACACAGCUGGUUCCCUCGAUCAGUGAGUGCAUAUGAGCAGGUUUCCACAAACACAGACCUAGUGACUGAUUCAUCAUCUAGCUCAGAGGAUGAUGAUAAUGUAUGGGUGCUACAACAAGAAAAAGAAAAAUUCAAAAAGGAAACUAGUGUAUAAACUAAUAAUAUAUUUAUAUACAAUAUAUAUGUACAUAUAUCUUGUGUGGAAUUAGUACAUACAUGUAUGUGCAACUUUACCAAAAAUAUUGUAGUCAUGUUUUGUGUAAUUUAUGUCUAGAGAUGCUGAAACUAAAUGGCUUCAUGAAAAAAUAUGCAAAUACUGAAGUUCAAUCUUUUUUUAUUUAGAACGAAACACGUAGGUAAAACCAUGGUAGAUUUUAAU